AUGAUUAUGACUUCAGAAGAAGAUGACAGCACUUGGUUAAUUGAACUGGAAUCAGCUCUUCUUGAUGGAUGUACACCAAGAGAAAUAAAUGCGAUAACUAAAGGAAAAAGAAUUCCAGAGAGUUUACGACCUGAUGUCUGGCUUGUGUGUCUCAGUUGUUAUGAUAUGGGUAACCAACUACUUCUAUUUGAUGAAAUUUUUGACUUGGUGAAUCAAAAUGAAUUGAGAGAUGAUGUUAAGAAAUUUGUUACAAAACUAGACAAUGAUGAUGAUGAAAAACUUUCUGUAAUAUCUGAUAUUGAAUCUAUUCUCACAUUUUACUGUAAAUCAAAAUCUAUUACGUAUGCUUCUAAUAAUGGCUGGAUAGAAAUACUAUUUCCUUUACUUAGUUUAAAAUUGCCAAGGUCUGAUACUUUCAAUUUAUUUGAAAAAAUCUUAAAGCUUUAUGUACCUAACGGGUGUGUGUCUAAUGGGGUACCAUUUCAUAUCCUGAGGUUGAUAAUACAAUAUCAUGAUCCUGAGUUAUGUUCUUUUCUGGAUACUAAACGAAUUACUCCAGAGCAAUAUUGCAUGCCAUGGCUUAGAUCAUUAUUUUCUGGCACUUGUAAUUUGGAAGUAGUGCUUUUUAUGUGGGACUUAUAUUUUCAACGAUCUGAUCCGUUUUUUAUAUUCUUCCUAUGUUUAAUUAUGAUUAUUAAUGCCAGAGAGCAGUUAUUGCAAAUGAAAAGUGACGAUAAAGCCACAAUAAUUCAAGUUCUUAGUAAAAUGCCAGGUGACCUUGAUGCUAAUGAUGUGUCUGACUUUUGCUCAUUAGCUCACUAUUACUCAUUGAAGACACCAGUGUCAUUUAGAGAAGAUGUUCUUGAGGUAUUGUUCUCUGAAAGUGGAUUAGAAAUUAAUUCUAAGUUAUAUUCCCAAGCUUUGUGUCUUCCUGUAGCUGUGCAUGAAUUGAUUGAGAGUGCUACUGUUGAUGUGGCAGAUUCAGAUACAGUUAAAUUCUUUUUAGUAGAUUGUCGGCCUGCUGAACAGUAUAAUGCUGGUCAUUUAUCUACUGCUUUUCAUCUUGAUUGUAAUUUAAUGUUACAAGAACCUACCGCAUUUAAUACAGCUGUACAAGGUUUGUUAAAUGCCCAACGUCAAGCAUUAGCAGCGGGAUCUCUUGCUGCAGGUGAACAUUUAUGCUUUGUUAGUUCUGGUAGAACUGAAGAAGACAGUUAUGCACAUAUGGUAGUUGCUUCCUUCCUAAAAAGAAAUAUUAAACAUGUAUCUAUGCUUGAUGGUGGUUUUGUAGCUAUACAUGAUUAUUUUGGUCCACACAUGACUGACUGCUUAGAAGAACAUAAUAUAUCCAUGUGUUUGGUGUGUGCACCUAGUAAUAAUAACAGCGAUGAACAGCCAACUGUUAAACGAACUAGGGAUAAUAUAACAGCCAUUCAAUUAUUCAGCAAGUUAUCUUCUGCUAUGAAAGCUAAAAGUCAAGAAGUUAAAGGAAAAUUAAUAGAAUAUAUUGUGAAUCCUAAUUCUACAGUUAACAAUGGCGAGUGGCAUGUGUCCGCAAAUGAUAGAAAAGAACAUAGGUAUAGAAAUGUGCCUCCUGUCUUCAGUAUCAAUGAUGAAGAUGAAGACUCUCAAUCUGAUCUUCGUCGAGAUUUUUCAAAUGCAGAGGCAGUCGAUGAAAUUGUAGAAAUACAGUCAUUCCUUAAGAAUCAAAAUGUUGUCGAUAAUUUCUCAUGUCAAGAAGUUUUGUCUAAUGGUUAUAUGUUUGACUCUCAUCUUAUCGUCACUGAAACACAUUUAAUUAUAUUAAGGGAAAUACCAAGCAAAAAAGGGUUAGCUAAAGUUCUAUCCAGGCGGCCUCUUUCAACAAUAGUCAAAAUUACAGCUAAAAAGAGACACCCAGAACUAAUCACUUUUAAGUAUGGAAUACCAGAUGGUGACAAUUUGUUAAUCAAAGAUAUGGAUCGUUUUCUUAUUCCCAAUGCUGCCAUUGCCACAAAGAUAGUCUCCAAUCAAAUUGUUUCACAAUUAGAUAACAAGCUACAA